CCACGCGUCUUGGCCCGCCCCUCCCUCUGGGGCAAGAUGGCGGCGCACAGCCCUAGCAUGUCGGGGCUCUGGACCAAGGGGACUGGCCAGCGUUUGGGAUGCUUCUUCACUGUCACUUCAAAGUUAUUUUGUUCGGCUACUGCUGCGUCUAAGCGUCUGGAUGCUCAACAAUUAGCAGAGAGACUCCGAGCCCAGAAACGGGAACAAGAGAAGAAGGAGCGGGUGCCCACAAACCGGGUUCAGCGAAGAGUGCAAGAAUUCCAGCGGUUCACAAAGCAGCUACAGCGAGUCCACCCGAACGUGCUGGCCAAGGCACUGAGCCGAGGGAUUCUCCACCAGGACAGGGACCUUGUAGUCAUCAAUAAGCCCUAUGGGCUCCCUGUGCAUGGUGGCCCCGGGGUCCGGCUGUGUAUCAGUGACGUACUGCCUAUCUUGGCAAAGAUACUUCGUGGCCACAAGGCUGAACCCUUGCAUCUGUGCCACCGGCUGGACAAAGAAACCACGGGUGUGAUGGUGUUGACUUGGGAGAAGGAAAUGGCACAUCAAGUCCAAGAGUUGUUCAGAACGCGUCAGGUGACAAAGAAGUACUGGGCCCUCACGACAAGCGUCCCCGUGCCCUCAGCAGGAGUUGUGGAUAUUCCCAUCGUCGAGAAGGAAGUGCAGGGCCAGCAGCAACACCACAAGAUGACACUGUCCCCCAGCUACCGCAUGGACAUGGGGAAGAUGGUGAGAGUGCGGAGUAGCCGGAACGCGCACAUGGCUGUGACUCAGUACCAGGUGCUCAGCAGCACGCUGUCCUCUGCCCUCGUGGAGCUGCAGCCCAUUACCGGAGUGAAACAUCAGCUUCGAGUUCACCUGUCUUUUGGUUUGGAUUGUCCAAUCCUUGGUGAUCACAAGUACUCAGACUGGAAUAGGUUGGCUCCCCAGAAGCUGCCUGUUGGCAUCCUGAAGAAGCUGGGGCUGGAGCAGUCGAAGGCCCGCCACAUCCCGCUUCACUUGCAUGCCCGGCAGCUGAUCCUGCCUGCCCUCGGGUCCAGGAAGGAGGAACUCAAUUUGACCUGCAAGCUUCCUCAUUUCUUCAUGCGUUCAUUGAGCCGCCUGGGCUUAGAGAUGCCAAAUCAGGAUCAAAAUGACAGAAGUGAAGCUGGGCUUCCAGGAUCACAGUGAAAAAGACUGAGCUCUCUGUUGUGUUUGGUGAGCUCUGUUAACUUCUCACUUGUAAAAAGAUGCCAGAAGAGCCUGGUGGGGUAAGUUGAAGGAACUCAGCUGCUUUGUAGCUUUCAGUAGAGAACAGUUUGUUUACUGGUGGCUUGGCUGUGCUGUGGAAAAACCUGAAGCCUGUUGCAAGUCUGCUUGUCCGAGGGGCUCCUUGUGGAGAUGGGAGACAGCCCAGGGACAGAAGGAUUCAAAGAGGAGAUCUGUGCGGAAGAAACUGUGGUCAGCCAACAGGGAGGCUCAUCAGCCUGUCAGGAGUCCUCUGGUUGGAAAGAAUGGAGUGGCUGAACACAUGUCAAGGAACCCGGGAAUUCUGUCCAGCUGCUACCUGGGUGCCUCCUGCACUGGCGACUCUGGAACCUGUGAGGGGUCAUUGACCGGGGUAGAGAUGGAGUGUUUGAUGAGCAAGGGAAGCAGAUGUCAAUGGCAGGGUCUGAGACAGCAUAGGGACCAUAAACUGAGCAGCAUGCACAGUAACAGUACUAGAUCCAUUAGUUGUCACUAUGUGACGACAAAUUUUUUCUUUUUUUCUUUUUUCAGGAGAA